AUGACCACCCCAUCCAACCAUCGAUCCCCCGCAACACCAACAUACAUCCUCCGCGGCCAUGUAUCCCCAAUCCACGCCCUGCAUCUCUUCGCCAACAACCUCCGUCUUAUCUCCGGCGAUGCAGAAGGCUGGAUUAUCGUCUGGGAUAUGGUGAGCAAGCGGCCGGUGGUUUCGUGGAAGGCGCAUGGGGGUGCUGUUUUGGAGGCGAAGGGGUUUGAGUUUGGUGGGAAUGGGACGGUUGUGUAUACACAUGGACGAGAUCACAAAUUACGAGUUUGGAGGUUUGCGGUGAAGGAUGAGGGGUUCCUUGAUAAGACUCUUCCGGUUGAUGUCAAGGAGGGAGUGACCGCUCAGAGUCAGCCGUGGAUGUUACAUUCGCUCCCGGUUAAUGCGCUGAAUUUUUGUGCUUUUGAUAUGAUUUUUCUUGAUGCCCUUCGUUCUGUGGACGACGAGAAACAGGGGUCCCAGGAAGGACCAUUUUCGGAUACCCAGUCAUCGCAGGACAGUGCAUCCCAACCACCGGUGCUCUUCGCAGUCCCCAAUGCCCUCAAUUCCGGCGCAAUUGACAUCUUCCACUUACCCCUAGAACGACGAGUGUCAACCAUCCCAGCAGACCCAGCCACAAACACCGGCAUGGUAAUGGCCGUUCGUCUACUUCUCUCCUCAACCGGAGAGUUAUACGCCGCAUCCGCCUACGAAGACGGCCAAGUAAUGGUCUUCGUCCGACGUAGCCGUCUAACUGAACAAGAAAUCUCAUCAAGUGCAAGCGGCAAGGGCACCGCCUGGAAAUGGGAGAAGCUGUAUACGAGCAAGCCGCAUACACAACCGGUCCUGUCGAUUGAUGUCGCUCCGUCUAAAGAUUACUUUUUUUCUUCUUCUGCCGAUUCGGUAUUGGUGAAACAUCCUAUUCCUAAUGCGGGUCUUGUGGGCGUGGGUCAUGCGGAGGAAAAGGCAUUGAAAACGAUCAGCACGAAACAUGCUGGACAACAGGGUCUGCGUAUACGUUCUGAUGGGAAGAUAUUUGCGACUGCGGGGUGGGAUGCCAGGACUAGGGUGUAUUCGUGCAAGUCGAUGAAGGAGCUCGCUGUGCUUAAGUGGCAUAAGGAUGGGUGUUAUGCUGUUGCGUUUGCGGAGGUCUCUGGUGAUGGUUCUACUGCUUCACCUACGACCAAUGCAGAGUCCAAGCCAGGGGACGAGAAAGACACGCAACUUACGAAACGAAAUGAGGGUUCACUCGCAGCUGUCCAACAACAAAGAAAUCGAAAGGCACAAAAAACCCAUUGGCUAGCUGCCGGCUCGAAAGAUGGAAAGAUUUCAUUAUGGGAUAUCUAUUGA